ACGUCAGUAAUGGGUGUGUUUCGUCUAGCCGUAAAGCUCUAUGUGCGUUGCUAUUGGAGACGGAAUGUAGGAAGUAAAUUCCACAGUUUACCGUUCUUGUUUUGACAGCUCAAGCUAAACGUUAAAUUACACUUGCCUACUUUUAAAUGUUCUGUCUUUUCUCCUAUCGUUUCUGAGCAAUUUUCGAUUUAGACAACCGACCCGACUAGCUGCAAACAUUAACAUCACGGUCCGUGAAACUGAGCAGGUAGUAACAGUCCCAUGAGUCGCAGUCGAAACCCCCCUCCCCGGGGUCAAGGGGCAGCGCGAGCCAAACAGAUGGGGCUGCUCCUUGACCUGUCCCCAGAUGGAGGGGUGGAUGAUGGGGGCAAUGAUGAAGAUCUGGAGGCAGAGCUGCUGAAUCUGCUGGGAGGAGGUGGAGGGAGAUCACAAGAAAAGAAAGGUGAAGGCAGAGCUCCUGUUCCCAUGGCUGAUAUAGAGCGAAUGGCAGCUCUUUGUAUGAAAGACCUGGAUGAUGAGGACAUGGGGGGUGACGAUUUGGAUGAUGAUGAUGAAGAUCUACUGGCAGAACUGAAUGAGGUUUUAGGGGAUAAUGAGGAACAAACUCCUGCUCCAACCCCUCCUGCCAUAACGCCAACUGCUCCCAAAGUUAGCGUCACAUCCCACCCUUCUUCUCCUGCUGCUCCCGGGGGUGCCACUGGGUUGGAGUCUUGCCUUUUGGAGCGCAUUGAAAUGUACAAGACAGCCGUUUCCAAUGCCAAGGCUGCGGGGGAGACGAGCAAAGUUCGAAGAUAUGACCGUGGGUUAAAGACACUGCAGUCCAUGUUGACAUCUGUCAGGAAAGGAAAGCCUGUCAAUGAGGAGGAAAUCCCUCCCCCAGUUGUUCUCGGUGGAAAGGCCAACAUCUCAGCGGAGUCUGAACCGAACAAGGAACGAAAACUGCCAGAGCCCACGCUGACGCCCUCUCCUCCCACAAAUCAGAAACCUCUGCGGGAGGCUGCGCCGACAGCUCCUAAUGCGAAGCUGCUCCAUCUGACCGUGCCCCAAAAGCCUGCUGCUGCCAUCACCCCGGAAACACCUGCCAUCUCCCCCCUGACCCCAGGACAGCCUAACGCACAGCACUCAGAGCUGAAACAGGCAGUGUUGUCCAGACAGAGGGAGUACAAGAUUGCUGCCAUACACGCCAAACAGAGAGGCGACAUAGACCUGGCGAAACAGCACUACGUCACUGCCAGGAAACUGGACAUAGUGGUGGAGGCACUGGACAGAGACGAACCAGCAGACCUGAGCUCCCUACCUCCUCCUCCUGGAGACGUCAUAGCAGAGCACAGUGCUCCUCCUCCUCCUCAGUCGUCCUCUAAACCGGCUGCCCCUACUGCACCCGCGCCCCCCCAGGUGGCUAAUGCCGAUCUGCCUGCUCCUAGCAGUUUGGGUGAAGCCCUGCAGCAGAGGAUGGACAUAUACAAGUCAGCAGCAGAGGGAGCCAAGAGCAAAGGAGAUGAUCGUAAGGCUCGCAUGCACCAGCGCAUUGUCAAGCAAUACCAGGAUUCCAUCAGAGCUCACAAAGCUGGGCGAACUGUCACCUUGUCUGAUCUACCUGUGCCACCAGGCUGUCCACCACUUCAAGGCUCAGAGGGGGGUCAGCAGAACUUCAUGGGUGUCCUGGAAACGGCUAUGAAAAUAGCUAAUCAGGACGCAGAUGCAGAAGAUGAAGAAGAGGAUGGACAAAGAGAGGCUGCCAAGCCUGCGACGCGUCCACCUGCCCAGAAAGCAAAGUCUCCGGCUCCUCAGCCCCCCGGAGGCUCCUCAGCUCUAAAACUGGGAUCUAAAGCCCAGCACCAAGUGGAUUUCCUGUUGCUAAGGCGACAGGCUUUUUUGCGUGCAGCGCUGCGCUCCAAACAGAUGAAGGACAUGACUGGAGCAGCGCAGCACCUCAGACAUGCCAAGGGACUGGACCCCAUGGUCACCGCUGCCAAGUCUGGCCUACCCGUUGAUAUCACCAAGAUUCCCAGCGCUCCAGUCAGCGAGGAGGACUACUCCCUGGCUCGCUCCCGCACCUCCCCUCUCUCCCCUCGCUCCAGUGAACAGUACCACGGCCUCAUGGAUCUUUUGCGGAAGCAGCACGAGAAAUGUUUGGGGUACUCUCAACAGCUCAUACAAGUGGGCAAUGUGGCUGAGGCUCUGAAGUUCGAGAAGCUAGUUGAGGAGUGUAUGAAGUAUAUCGAGAUACUGAAGAGUGCCCAUGCCAAGGGCCAGCCAGUCCCCAAGUGCCGCACAGAGGAGAGGACCUUAAACACCGUCAAGAUCCACUCCGGACUGACACCUAAUGACCUGAUACUGUUCAUCAUCAAAGGCAUCAACCUCCCAGCUCCCUCAGGUGUCUCUCCUAACGAUCUGGAUGCAAGUGUGAAGUUUGAGUUUCCUUUUCCCAGUGCGGAGGAGGCUCAGAGGGACAAAACAGGCACAGUAAAGAGCACCAACAACCCAGAGUUUAAAGAGAACUUCAAACUUAACAUCAACCGCGCCCAAAGAGGCUUCAAACGAGUCGUCCAGUCCAAAGGCGUCAAGUUUGAAAUCGUCCACAAGGGAGGCCUGUUUAAGACAGACAGGGUCGUGGGCACUGCUCAGCUGAAGUUAGAGGCUCUUGAAAAGCACUCUGACAUUAGAGAGAUAAUAGAGGUGAUGGAUGGACGUAAAGCUACAGGUGGCAAGUUGGAGGUGAGGGUGAAGAUCCGAGAGCCUUUAUCAGGAGUGGAUCUCCAGCCGGUCACAGAGAAAUGGCUGGUUCUGGAUCCUGUGUCCUCCCUUUCUCCUCCAGAGAGACAAAGGGAACGGGCUCCAUCUCCUCGGUCUAAACCCAGACAUGAAGCGAGCAGCAGGAGCAGUCAUCCCAACAACUCUCCUCCGCAGUACAAACUCCACAGCUUCAGCAUCCUCAACUAUGACAGGGAGCGGCAGGAGAGAAAGAUUGCAGAGUACCGGAAGGUCGGACGGGAUCCCCCAUCUGACCUCGUCCAUCAACACAAAGAGUUCACACACAGACUGCAGUGGCAGAAAGCCCAGCUGGAGCGAGGCUCUUCUACUCUACUGACAGAGUAUGAAAAUGUGCUGCGGCGCGCCGUCCAAGGGUACGCUGAGUCUGUGAAGAAAUACUCCAACCAAGGCAACAGGGACGCUGCCAAGGAUGCACUGGGCAGGUUGAAGUUGGUUGAGAAUGAGCUGGAAUCGCUGAAAAGGAAACGCACGGGGUGAGAGGAGAGUCAGGGAGCGGACACUUGGCUGGAGAACUGUUAUUUCAUCCCAUACUAUACAAACACUACAGCGGGUACUUUAAGCACCUUUAGCAUGAUUCUAUGCUGCUCAUGUCCAUGACAACCGCAUGAACCAACCGACUAAAUUGAUCAUAUAACUUGUGCCACUUGAGGUUAGUCACUCGCCACAGUCAUUAAAAACUAAUCUGUAACUACAAAGGAACACAGACAUUACAGCAAGCAUUAAAGGAGUUGAACAGUGAGGGAAGCCGGUGUGUUUGCACUUAGACACUAGAACAAGCUGCUUUACAGAACUUACCUUUGCUCUGUUAAUUGUUUAGUUUUUUUUUAAUGCUCAUCUUUCCUUUGAGAAUUGUUGAUGAAGAAAUCUGUCAGAAGACUUUUUUACAUUUGGCACCAGCUCCGAGAGUCUGUGUCGGUGUCCACAGAUUACCUAAAAAGAUGUGUGUGCGUGCUCUGAAGUGUGUUUAACCAACGGGCUGAGGUGUUUUUAACCCGUUUCCCAUAUUUUGUGUGUGUAAUGAGCUUAAUCUAAUCUGUCUGCUCCAGUGUUCCCAGAUUACAGUAAUCUGCUCCGUUUGGAGUGGUGUGAUAUGGGAAUAAAAAAACGGGGCUUCGGGGCGCCGCAGCCUACAUCCCAUAAUGAGGGAUUAGUGUUUGUGUCACCAAGGAGACGACUAGAUCAGACGUAGAGUCGCCUUUGGGGCUGGGGAGGGGGGGGUGUUAGCAGCGUGCCAUGAAUGUGCUAGAAGCUUAGCUCUGCAAAAGGAUUGCUUCUUCUUCUUCUUCUUCUUCAUCAGCUGUUCCGUCUUUGUUGUCUCCUCCGUCUUCACUUUCUUCACACUAAUUCCUUUGCGUAUAUUCAAAGAUUAGUCAGUCAUGAGUAAUAGGUCGCUCCUCUUGGAUUUUCUUCAAACUCUUAAACAAUAUUAAGCCCAUUAUGCCGUCGAUUAGGAAAUAAUUAACAGCUGCUGCGUCAGCGUGCUGCUAUUUUCCACAGAUUUUUGGCAUAUGCAGUUUACAAAACCAGAUUGUGUCCCACUGAGCUCUCCAGUGGCGGCACAGUGGAUACUGAAUAGUCUGCCCACAGGAAGACAACCCAAUAUGUGUCGGUAAGGCUGGGUAAUUGCUCAUUUCUAUUUCUGUUGCCCCCUAGACAUCCCUGUCAUAGGCAUCGUCGUCCCGUCAUUACUCUCUUACUUUACACUUAUGUGACCGUGAAGUCAAACGAAUCCGGUAAAACUUCAUGAGAUGUGUGACAAAUGCAGACGCCUGGGAAGUAAUCAUUUUUGCCACAACAACACUAGAGGUACAAAAACAGUAAAGUGACAAAUGUGUCACAUUACUGUCACGUAUUCUCUGGACAGAUGUUUCCUCCGUGUGUUUGACAACCUGCUAACCUGACAGCAGAUUCUGUUGAUUCCACGCUGAUGUAGCAGACUUCAAAUGAGCCUUACUGGAUCUACUUAUUUGACUCUUCAAUGUGGAUGAUGUGUGUUAACUGCACUAAUAGUCUUUUGCACACGUGACACAGCAGAGAAUCAUGUGUUUACUCUAAUCCACCCACUGCCUCGCCCCAUUAGCAAAUAAUCCUGGUUAAAGUUGACCUGAUAUGGUCGUCCAUAGUCUGUUGAUAUUUAUGUAACACCCCUUCCCCCACUUUAAUCUAUCAGGAAAAGAUAUGUUCUGACUCUUUGUGAAUGCGAUGUUAUGGUGCUUUUGAUCAGCUGGUAUCAGAUGUACAGGCCAGUGGGAGGAGAGAUGAGUCCUUAUAGUUUAAUAUGGGUUGGCUCUUAAAGGACUAUAAGAGUGUGCGCGCAACUUUUAGCUCCUUAACUACAAGGCAUGUACACUGACUAUGUGUGUAUGCAGCGCAGUUUCAGAUUUGAUGUAUUUUCCCGACUGUUACAGGCAGCCAUUACUUUCCAUUUCUUUCAGUGCAGUACAAAAAUCAGCCUUGCUUGCCAAACAUUAGAACAUUUGUGUGAACACAUUUUAUACAAUGUGUAAAUGUUGACAUUGUAAGUGCAUUAUUUAGUGUUGCAGUUUAAAUGCAUAUUUAUGUGAAAAACUCACAUUAAUGGUGAAGAUGAAGAUAAUGAUUAAAAAAAAAACUGAAGGCAGACUUAAUGGAUUAUGAAACACAAGCACAUUUCAAGAGUCUACUUAUUGUUUUUAUACUGUAUGGAAAUCAAUGGCUGUCUGAAACUGAUUCAUUAUUUGGUCUAUAAAUUGCCAAAAAACAGUGAAAAGUGCUUCUUACUAUUUUCUAAAACUCGAGGCUUUAAUUGACUUGUUAUGUCCGACGGGCAUAUUCAGUUUACUAUCACAUAACACAAAGAAGAGCAACAUAUAGUUAGAGUUUAGAGGCUGGAUAUAGGGAAUGUUUUGGUUUGGAAAAUGACUCAAACAAUUAAAUUAUUGAAUUGAUUAAUCCUCAAACAAUUAACAUUUCUUAAACACGGCAACAUGUUUCGUUUAAAGCUGUAAUUUAAACUGGUUUGCAGUAAAUGAGCUAAAACAUGCAAAACCACCGGUUUGAUCCUGCAACAGAAAAUGUUUUAUUCUUGUAAAGUAAAGGUUGAAUAUGACCACGUGGCUCUGAUAUAAACCCGGGUUUUAACGCCGUUAAACGCCCGCACAGAAACCGCAACUGAGCAGCUAUUUCUUUUACUCCAAAACCUUUAACCCCGUGUCACCUCAAACACACACACACACACACACACACACACACACACACACACUGCUGCCAUCUCACCCCACUGCUCGAGUAACCUCAUGGCCUCUGAGGUUGUCCCGUUGUCAUGGCAACGAGCUCAUCAGCAUUCAGUGUGGUAGUUGGAUGGUCAGGACCCGGGUAGAGGGACAUUAAAGUUUGUCCUGCUGGUGACUCACACUCCUUUCUUGCAUUUACAAGAGUCCUCACACACUCCUCCUUACUCUUUCUGUUUGUUAGUGUGGCUCUGUUUAUAUUUCUGUCCCGAUCUGCUGCAGUGAAUGUAAUCAUCUAGGCUUGGGGACAAUACUAUUCUUGAACCUAUGACAUCUUCAAUCUGUUAAAUCAUGUAAGGGCAAUCAAUAUAAAUGUAAUAUUUGUAUACAGUAAAUAUACAGCAUAAUAUGCUCCGUCUCUAUUUUUACGUGUAAGUCAUGAAGAGGUGCAGCUGAAACGGGGAACGUAUGAAGGCCUGAUUGUUAAGGCUUUAUUAUCUUCUUUGUGAGGUCGGUGUUAACAUGAAUAAAAUGGUGAAUCAG